UUGAUCUGGCAAGUGCUCGUCACUCGAUGGGCGCAUCACGUGUUUCGAGUGUGCUGUUUGAUCAUAAGGAGCAAUCUGCAGCCACUAUGCUGCAAGUGGAUUAUUCUGCAGAUUUGCAACCAUCAGAAUCAAAGCCGCAUUUUGCUCUGUCGAAGUGGUGCUUGCAAGAAGAAUCAAGCUCCAGUGGUGUUAUCUGUGUACAAGAUGGUACUAAACCAAAACUAAGGUACCGAGGAUCAGAAGCUACCCCAGGAGAUGGUAGCAGGGAAUCAGAUGCAAGUACUGCAAAGUCUUCUACUGGUGUUGACAUUAGCAACCAGCACUUGAACUAAUUGUGGAGCUAGCUAAUUCAAGAUCAACCAUGCUCUCUAGUUUCUCACAGAUAAAGUGCAGAUCAUGAACCGCUUACCUGAUUUGAGCACUUGAACUAAUUGUGGAGCUAGCGAAUUCAAGAUCAACCAUGCUCUCUGGUUUCUCACAGAUAAAGCGCAGAUCAUGAACCGCUUACCUGAUUUGAGGUUCUGUACCCUUGCACACCAUAUAUUCUCGUUGUAGUAUCAGUGAUAUGCAGUCGGCAGCACUUAGAAAAUAUCUUAAUCCUAUUUGAAAUGUUGAUGUACGUGGAUAUGAAAUGGCUACAAGUGCAUGAGAGGCUUGCUUUGCGUCUCAUUAUCUUGCGUUGAGGCAAGCACUAUUUCUGCUAUCGGCGGUUUCCUUAGUGGAAAUCGACGUGGAAACUUGUUGUUCCAAGUAAAAUCAGACUCUGAGCAAGAACGAUCAGUCGGCCCUGAGCCUUGAGCGUUGCAUCUCUACUUUGUACUAAUAACAGAGUAAUACUGCAUCACAUAGGAAAAUUUA